UCUCGUUAUUUAUAAACCUCCGUUUAUAAAUCAAGACGAAACCUUAUUUGUCAGUGCGUCUCCGCUGCUCACUGAACUAUGCGAAAAUGGGUGCCUACAAGUAUGUGUCAGAGAUGUGGAGGAAGAAGCAGUCGGAUGUAAUGAGGUUUUUGCAGAGGGUGAGGUGCUGGGAAUACAGGCAGCUCCCAUCCAUUGUCCGUUGUACCAGGCCCACACGCCCUGAUAAGGCUCGCAGACUGGGUUACAAAGCCAAGCAGGGUUAUGUCAUUUACCGUGUCAGGGUCAGACGUGGUGGACGCAAGAGGCCAGUCCCCAAGGGUAUUGUGUAUGGGAAGCCUAAAAACCAGGGUAUUACCCAGCUUAAGUUCCAGCGCAACAAGAGAUCAGUCGCCGAGGAGCGUGCAGGUCGUAAAUUGGGUGGCCUCAAGGUCUUGAACUCCUACUGGAUUAAUCAGGAUUCAACGUAUAAGUAUUAUGAAGUGAUACUGGUUGAUGCUGCACAUAAUGCCAUUAGAAAUGAUCCAAGGAUCAACUGGAUCUGUAAUCCUGUUCAUAAGCACAGGGAACUUCGCGGGUUAACUUCAGCUGGAAAGAAGUACCGGGGCCUCCGAGGGAAAGGCCAUUUGUACCACAAGAACCGCCCUUCUCGACGUGCUACUUGGAAGAGAAACAACACCCUGUCCCUGCGCCGCUACCGUUAGGCUUGUUGAAGGUUUUUUUCCUGGCUCUCACUCUUAUGAUUUUUCUUGAUCACAAGUUUUGAAUUUUGAAAUGGACGAGGUGUAUGAGAAUUUUGAAAUGGACGAGGUGAAUGUGGUGAUUGACUUGCCAAACCCUGGUUUCUCCAAUUUGUUACUUUGGGACUUCAUUAUGUGUAGCAUUGUCUUGCUGUAGUUAUAGUAAGGAAAUUUAGUUGUGGUCUAUCUCUCACAAACAAGUUUUUGACUUGUCAAGUGGUUGGCAUACUAUAUGAUUGAGGGAAAAAGUUCAUAUAA